AUGGCGCGAAACAUGAUGCAUGGGGUACGGGAGAUCAUAUGUCAAGCCUAUGGCGGAUAUCUCGCAAAUAUUAACGAUGUUCACGAACAACACGUUAUACAGACAGUCAUUUCCAGAAAUAUAGGCGGUUUCAGUCCGGGAAUUUUUUGGCUCGGGGGAACAGAUAUCCAGAUCGAGGGCGAGUGGGUGUGGACGGGAAAUGUGGAGGCUUUUGGGACAUACAAAAACUGGUCCCCAGGGGAACCCAACAAUGCUGGCUCUAAUGAACAUUGUCUGGAGAUGGAUAUGAAUGGGAACUAUCAAUGGAAUGAUAAUAACUGUCAGAACAGAUUCAACUUUAUCUGCGAAAUACCGACGGCGGAUCCUGGAGUUACUGCUGGUAGACAAGGGAUUAUUGGGAAAAGGAACAACCAUUAA